AUGCUAGUUCAUCACACGAUGCAGACUGAUCUGAAUAACAUCAUGGCAUCAUCCUUCUUCUUUUUGAGAGUGGCACUCUUGCCCUGUCCCUGCCAUAAUCUUGGAGGACGGCCUCGACUCGUCGCUACUUUGGUGCAGACUAUGAGAGGCUUGCUUAAAGUCGCUGCUCCAGACGGGCCACGCUUAAGAUGGCUGGAGCCCGCGGCCAACAUGCUUAAGAAGUUCCUUCAUCUCGUGUUCCACUCACGUGGAUGGGUAAGAGCGGUCGACUGUCGAGCAGGGACAAUUGCCGUUAUCAGAGACACACAAGGAAGGGUUGUUGAGCUCCUCAGACCGUUCCAGGGUCAGAAGAUUACCACACUACCUGAGGCUCCUUGCCACAAUGCGGAUGAACUACUCACUGGUGGGCUGGUUCCAGGGGAGGCUGGCGCAUUCAAGUUCUUCCUUCUGUUCAGAGGCAUAGGACAGAUGGAGCAGCUGUCUCUGAAGACAUUCAGUUCUGUUACAGGACUGUGGGAGGUGCAGCAGAUGGGCUCCGCAUUUAUGCUAUCCACAACAUUGGCACCCAGGGCUGUGUUUGCAUCAGGGAGGCAUUAUAUCCUUGAUCAUCAGAAUAUGAAGCUAUUAGUUGUGGACAUCGAGAGCCAUAGGACAGAUACCAUUGCGCUCCCUGCAAACCAGGUCCAGAACAAACUGUGCGAUGAUAACAAUACACUUGCUGUCUCUAGAGGGGGGGAGCUCUACUGGGUUGUGCUGGAUGGAUUCUUCAUCAAGUUCUUGGUGUUGAGUGGUUCCGAGUGGGUCCCAAGAUGGAAGAGGAUGAUACCGGACCAUGUCCCUAGCAACACUCGUCCAGUCCAGCUUGGUGGGCAUGCUGCGAGCAGUGGGGUCGUUCUUAUGAGGUGCUCCCGCCAGGUUUUCGCCAUCGACGUCGAGGACGGCGGUCUGGUAAAGUUCAAGGACUGCCCGGAUGAUAGCGACACUUUUUUCUCAUUCGAGGUGAUUCGUCAUGUCAUUGCCGACCACGUGCGUCGGAUGUAAAACUCUGCUUUUGGGCUCAACUUCAGUUACUGUGUUGUCACCUCUGAAGCAACACAAUUUUGUAGGAGUAGUAGUAUGUUGCUGAUUCGCAUGUAACUCUGCUCUCGCUGAAAUUCAGCUACAGUGGUUCCAACGAAUUGUGUAUAUUGCAGUAUGUAGUGUACUUGCUUGCAAUCUACU